UCCAGCAUUGCUGGCAGCUCUUGGUUGCAGGCAGCAUCAGCUGCAUUCUUCUCCUCUCCUAAAUCUCUUGCAUCCAUUAGUCUGACCACAGUUUCGACUGAAGGACCAAGAACUGCACUUCGUUCGUAGCUCCCUUGAAUUUCAUAUUCAACCCAGACACUAGAUCAACCUGCAACCAUGGAGGCCAUCAAGAAGAAAAUGCAGAUGCUCAAACUGGACAAGGAGAAUGCCAUCGACCGGGCUGAGCAGGCCGAGACAGAACAGAAAGCUGCUGAGGACAAAUGCAAGCAGCUGGAGGAUGAACUGGUCGGCCUGCAGAAAAAGCUCAAACAGACUGAAGAUGAACUGGACAAGUACUCAGAGGCCCUGAAAAAUGCCCAAGAGAAACUGGAAGUGUCUGAGAAAAAAGCUGCUGAUGCUGAGGGUGAUGUGGCGGGUCUGAACCGCAGGAUUCAGCUGGUAGAAGAGGAACUGGAUCGGGCUCAGGAGAGACUGGCAACUGCCCUGCAGAAACUGGAAGAGGCGGAGAAAGCAGCAGACGGGAGCGAGAGAGGCAUGAAGGUAAUCGAGAACCGUGCCAUGAAGGACGAGGAGAAGAUGGAGAUCCAGGAGAUGCAGCUGAAGGAGGCCAAACACAUCGCCGAGGAGGCCGACCGCAAAUACGAAGAGGUGGCCCGUAAACUGGUGAUUCUCGAGGGGGAGCUGGAGCGAGCUGAGGAGAGAGCCGAAGUCGCUGAAUGCAAAGCUAGUGAUUUGGAGGAGGAAUUGAAAAACGUUACCAACAACCUUAAAUCCCUAGAGGCUCAGGCAGAGAAAUACUCAGAAAAAGAAGACAAGUAUGAAGAGGAAAUUAAAGUUCUUAGUGACAAGCUGAAGGAGGCCGAGACCCGCGCAGAGUUUGCAGAGAGGACAGUGGCCAAACUGGAAAAAUCCAUCGAUGACCUGGAAGAUGAACUCUAUGCUCAGAAGCUGAAGUAUAAAGCCAUCUCUGAGGAGCUGGACCAUGCUCUAAAUGACAUGACCUCCCUGUAGAUCCAUCUCUGUCCCGCUCUACUGCACCUCCUGCUAUCUCAGAUUUCUAGACACUUUCUUCACGUUUGCUUCAUUUUCUUCAAUGUGCCUUCGCUAGUUUCAAUAAAACACUCCUGUUGUUUCAUUUCAGCCUGUCAUUCUUCUGUUUUAAUUGUUAAUGAUUCGUUUUGAAUAUUGGGAAGGGUCCCUACAGUGAUGAAAAUCCUUGAAAUAUGAGGAAUUUUUAAACCUAGAUGAAAUAUUUUACUUGCAAGACGUAGCGAUUUGUGAGCGAAUUGUUCUCGAAUCCAGUGUUCCAAUGUUCAAAUUCGUUGACAAAUUUGUCUGAAUGAUUCAUUAGUGAAUCUGCCUGAAUUAAAUAUAUAUUUUUUAAUUAUUACCCAUUAAUCACAAACAACUGGAAAGGUCGUGGAUAUGCAUUGGUCAUGGAAAUUCAUUUCUGAAAAAGUAUCUUUACACAAAAACAAUAUCAGACUCAGUAACUAAAUAACAACAUGCUCAGCUUAGCCCAGCUCUCAACUCGGUAAUAUUUUUAAAUGUAAUAUAAAAAAAAAAUCUAUUAAACAUUCUUAAGUUUCCUGCUCCUCUCUUACAUAUAAUAUUCUGAUGUCCACAAAGGUGAGGUGACAUUCCGCUCUGAUUUCCCACUACUGUAUUCAUGUAAUUUUUUUUUUUUUUUUACAAAUAUUGAAUAUUUUACUAAUCUUCACAUUAGAAAAGUUCUUCUUUAGACAUACACGCCAUUUUAAUUUCAUAUUAUUACAAACAUACUGACCAUUCAAUGCAAGCAAAUGAAAAUUCUACGUUUUUCACUAUUGUGUGGUUGAGGAUGAAGUGCACUAAACUAAGACUGUAGGCCUAUUUUCACGUGUGUACAGUAUACAUAUUUACAGCAGUAGGGUCUAACUAGU